CCAACGCCAGGCGCCCAUUCGACGUGCUCGACUGGCCUCAAGCUCGUCAAGUCUUCACUGAUGCACAUCGUCUUUCCGUGUCACGGGCAUCAUGGACGAUCUGCUAGAUCUGAGCUGGCCUGCCGCAGCUACGCCGCAACGUGUUGCGGGCCAAACCGCGCAGACCAGCAAGCCGUCCAACCUGCAAGCCAACCCAGGCUCAAGUCUGUCCAGCACAAAGUCUUAUAGAGCAACCAAUCCCGCGCAGAUGUCUCAAUACGGUCACAGGAGCAAUCAACAACUCACUGUGCGCUCCUCGGUCCCCGCGACGCGCGCUACUAUCAGCAGGCCUUCCUCUGUAGAUGACGUCCAUCUCCCUGCCAGAACGUCUCGAGGACAAGACCCGCAUGUUGGUGGUGCAUCUGGUGAGGUGGAUGCCUUCAGCUCGCUCUUUGACCCGCCCCAAGCCGUGUUGACCAGUCACUCAUCAGUCCGACCUACUCAGAUUGCCGCGCGUCCUCUCACGCCCUCGCUGCGCCCGUCGACGCCUGUUCUCAUCACUCCGUAUGUGGCAGCAGCAUCGAAUCAAGCUAUGCCAGAUGACCUAUGGAAUUUUGAUGCACUCGUCGCGCCAGCGCAGAGAACCAAAGUGACGCGAAGUGAGGUCCAAUAUGGCAAACAACGCGACCUCCUCGAUGAUUCGCUCGAGAAUGCCUUCGUUCCUCCCUCGUCCGUAGCGACGCAAUCAAGCUUAGAUCUACAAGCCGCCUUUGAUCAGGAUGCCGAUGACGAGAUUUUGGGUGCUUUGGCUGCGCCCGUUGGUGCUCUCUCCGCUCCUUCACCCGGCACAUCUGAAGCACACGAGCCUCCAAAAGCAAGCACUGACAUACCGCCUCACAUUCUCGGCGAGCUCGUCAUGAUGGGCUUUGCGCCUGAUCUAUCCAGCGCCGCGCUGCUCAAGACGCGCGCCGCAUCAGGCCAAUGGGAUCUACAAGCGGCUGUCGAGAGCUUAAUGGACAUGGUACUCGGAGCUGAUCAAUCGCCACAAGGAGCCCGCGGCCGACCACUGACGGGGUCUCUCAGCCGUGCUGACGAUGAGGAGAGCCCGUCAGACGAUGGCAUGGAUCCUCCAAGCCGGCGGCAACGCUUCAAAUACGAAGAUAGCGAAGCGGAUCAAACUCAGUCAGCAAAACUAGCAUCCUCACAUCCUAGCAGGGUGGCUAGAGGGGUUGCAGUACCCGGCGCUGUCCAGCCCUGGGAAGGUAAAGCAAACGAACUGCUGGACCAGGCAUCAAUGGUCGGAUAUAAUGUCCUGACGACGGCGAACAAGUUUUGGAAGAGUAGCAAGCAGCAGCUUCAAAAGGCGAUAGACGAGCGCACCGCGGCCAGCAUUGCAAGCAAGGGAGAAGGGCGUGCUCUCAAUGGACGCCCUACAGACGCUCGUCCCAGAUGGCUGACGCGCGAGCUCGAUGCUGCGGGCAGCAAUACUGACAUACCUCCUGUCGCCUUCUCCGACAGCGUGGUAGGACUCAUAAGUGCCACCGAAAAGCGGCCCACCUCUUCUGAUUCGACCGACGGUACCACGACUAUCGGAUCGGCACCUGCGCAUGCACAAUCGAAGCCGGUGCAACCACUUAAACCAAAGCAUCGGCGAGGCGAGACGACUGCUAGCCCGCUCGAUCUGCAGACCUCCGACAGGCACAGAAUAAUAGGUAACAAGCUCUUUAAACUCGGCGAUUAUGCUGGAGCUAUCGACUCCUAUGCCGUUGCAAUCGAUGCUUUACCGCGCAAGCACCUGCUCCAAAUCCCCUUGCACAACAAUAUGGCAAAUGCCAAUAUGCGCAUCGGCAACGAUCGCCAAGCACUACAAGACGCUACUUCUGCGUUGGCCUUGCUCUUGGACGUCGAGGAGCUAAAACCUAAUUACAAAUUAGACCACGCUAUACUGAGACAAGAUACCCUGCCCGAAGAGUGCGCGAGCAUCAAUCUAUGCGAUCAGCUGGGUAAAGCUCUAUCACGGCGCGCAAAGGCACUAGAAGCAUGCGAGCAUUGGCCCAUGGCGCAGUACGACUGGUUACAGCUCAAAAGUGCUGGAGAAGUGGCAAUUCGCAGCGCGGGUGGUCUCAGGACAGUCUAUGACGGCCUGGCACGAUGUCGUACCGCAGGCGAACGGAGAUCCGCCCAACCAAUUGCGCUGAGAUCGCGAUUGGCCAUGCAGCCUACAUCAUCGACCACUCCCGAGACGCUGGGGUCGGCUGUGCGUGCCCUCAGGAUCGCUAACGCAGCGCAAGAGGCGGAAGCGGGGCAGCGAUUGGAACUCAAAGAUUCGGUUGAUCAACGACUCACUGUCUGGCGCGCUGGCAAAGAGAGUAACCUUCGAGCGCUGCUCACAAGCCUCCAGUUGAUAUUAUGGGCGGAGCUCGAAUGGAAAGCCAUUGGCAUGCAUGAAGUAUUGACAGAAACCCAAUUGAAAAUACGCUACAUGAAGGCGAUCGCCAAGGUGCAUCCAGACAAGUUGAGCGCGUCUUGCACACUGGAGCAACGCAUGCUGGCCGAUGGCGUCUUUGCCACUCUCAACGAGGCGUGGCACGCUGCAAAGCGAACGUAGAUGCGCUCUCGUCAGUUGGCACGCUUGAACAGAUUUGAGAUCGUUAUGGGCACCCUGACUGCAUUAGAGAAGCCUUCGUGGAAUUUGUAGACGACUUUGAGGCGUUUUGAGGCCGGCUCCGAGCUGUCAUCCUCAACUUCGCUCUGUUUGUGAUUGAGAGCUAGAGAUGGCAGCGAUCGGCCAAAAAAGUCCAUGGUAGAGUCUGAUUUGAUCGCACCUGCCGUCGUUGACGUUGACAUUGCACCGUACGCACUCAUGAGUGUGCUUGCCGUGCUUGUCGCCUGAGAUCCAUCGCCGGUACCUUGUGCUCGCGUUAUCCGCUCAGCAUCAAUUUGGCAUGCAAUGGCGUGUCGAGUUGAGUAGCGAGCGGCGGGAAUGUCAGGCGCGCGCUUGCCUUCCCAAUGCAC